AUGUCGGUUGAAGACGAAAAUCAGAAAGUGUUCCUGGGUACACCGAGUGAAGAUGUUCGAUUGGAGAAUUUGGGAUAUGAGCAGGAACUCAAACGCUCUUUCGGGUUGAUGGGGAUGAUUGGAUUUAGUUUCAGUGUUGUGACAUCAUGGACUGCACUGAGUGGUGUUUUCAUCGUCGGAGUGACUUCCGGCGGUCCUCCCGUUAUGGUCUUCAGUUUCAUCGGCGUUAGUCUAUUGACUCUAGCCGUCGCAAUUCCCAUGGCAGAAAUGUGCUCUAUGUAUCCGGUAGCAGGUGGUCAAUAUUCUUGGGUGGCGGCGCUCGCUCCACCGAAAAUCGCUCGAGGUCUUUCAUACGUGACAGGAUGGUUCAUGCUAAUCGGUCUUCUUGCUAUGGGUGCUACGAACAACUCCAUUGCGUCCAACUUCGUCUUGGGCAUGGCAAACCUCGUCUUCCCCCAAUUCGAGAUUCAAAGAUGGCAAACAGUGCUGGUUGCCUACCUUGUCGCCUUCCUCUCCGCCGCCGUCAACCUCUGGGGUUCCCAUUUCUUGCAUCGGAUCUCCAAAGCAAUUCUGAUCUGGAACGUCGCCUCCUUCGUCAUCGUCACCGCCACAAUUCUCGCCAUGAACGACCACAAGCAACCCGCCUCUUUCGUGUUCCAGGAUUUCCAAAACGGGACUGGGUUUAGCACUGGAAUGGCUGCAAUUAUCGGCGUUCUCCAAGCUUGCUUUGGCAUGUGUUGCUACGACGCUCCGUCGCACAUGACUGAAGAGAUGAAGUCUGCUUCUAAAGAGGCACCUAAGGCUAUCAUCCUCGCUGUUAUUCUAGGCGCUGUGACAGGAUUUGCUUUCCUCGUUACCCUUUGCUUCUGUAUUGGCGAUAUUGAAGCAACUGCCAAUACGAGCACCGGUGUUCCUGUGAUUCAAAUUAUCUAUGAUUCCACUGGAAGUAAGGUAGCCACUUGCAUCCUGUCGAGUUUGAUCUCGGUAAUUGUGAUUGUUGCUGGAAACAAUAUUCUUGCUGAAGGAUCGCGAUCCGUCUACGCCUUUGCCAGAGAUAAUGGUUUGCCUUUCUCCAAGUUCUUCAGCAAGGUCGAAAGCAAGACCCACGUGCCCGUCAACGCCGUGCUCCUCACUCUCGUUGUACAAUUGGCUCUCGAUGCUAUCGAAUUCGGUACCACCACUGGCUUCCAGACAGUUAUUGCCAUUUCAACCGAAGGCUUUUACUUAUCAUACGCAAUGGCUCUUUUCAGCCGCCUAGCUGGCUACUAUACCGGCCACGUAACGAAGCUCGACGGACCAUACUCAUUCUCAGUGCCGGUAUCCAUCGCGCUUAACAUCAUCGGACUCAUAUUCCUUCUCUUCGCGGCUAUCACAUUCAACUUCCCCAGCGAAAACCCGGUUACUCACCAAUCAAUGAACUACACCAGUGCUGCUAUUGGUGUUGUUGCGAUUAUUAGCGGUAUUACUUGGAUGACAACAGGUCGCAACCACUUCUCAGGACCUGGUGCGGUGAGCUUCUUGAGUGGUCAGAAUACAGCGACACAAAAUGUAGCCGCAGCGGAUGCGCAACGUGUGGAUGAGAAGAAAACUUGA